AUGGCACCUAACAAAGGCACCUCCCAGUUGGUGCAUUGGAAGAAGCAAAUGGGACCCAAUAGGCCUGGCCAGGUUAAUGUCCCUACAAAAAAUGAACAGUUAUUUCAUGCUGAUAAUAAUGGGUCUGAGACUCCUGUGAGUGGGGGAGACUUUCUGCAGUACCAGGUUUUCAGCCACCUGAAGAGACUAGGCUAUGUGUUUUGGAGGUUCCAGCCUAGCUUGGUCCAGUCUCCCUAUAAGAGGCAGCUUAACUUGGAGAGUAGCAGUAUUUGGAGCUCUGAAAAGUGUCAUGGAAGGAGGAAGAGGAGGAAUUCUAGUCCUUGGUCUACUAAUAAGAAGCCCAAAGCGUUGGAGAAUCCUCUGCCAGAGGUGGUUGGGACCAAUGAGAGUCGGACAACUUCAAGCCAAUCUGCCCCCAGCCAGAACAACAGAUCCCUGGAGGAGAAAGCCCAAGAAUCAAGCCAUGUAAAGGAUCCUGGGGGCUCCAGUCGGCCUCCUGAAUCUCCAGAGCAGGUCCCUGACCAGACAGAGCAUCAUGGUAGGACCUUGAAAGGAGGAGAAGGAAGCCAGGAUAGAGCAAUAGAUGAUAAUGGGAACAACAGAGCUUGUAAGCCACAAUGGGACUUUGAGAAAAUUGCAUUCUCUAACACAGCCGGCGACCACCCCCAUACCCUACUGCUUGCCCCAGCUCCAGAGUUGUUCCUGGGGAAUGUCACGGCACAGGAGACUGAUGCAGUGCCUUGGUGCCAGAAGCUAAAUCAGUGGAAAGAGAAGCUUUCCAGGAGGGAGAAGGAGCAGCGAAAGGGGACUACUCCCUUCCGAAGUGAUGUGAACGCAGACCCUAAAGUGCAGCGCAGCACCAGCUGGUGGGCAUAUAAGAUGCUGCUACAGCAGUGGUGACAGCAGCAGAAGACCUGGAAUCGACACCCCAACUUGUGGGACCAGCCAGUCACUCCCCUACUGAACCCCAGCCAGGCAGUCAUCCCAACCACUGCUCCACAACAGAUAUCCUUACUAAAGACCACUCACCUCACUGAUAGAGUUGAUGGUAGGGUGUUGGAGAAAUCUGGGGACAUGGAGAUCAGUUUUGACAUCUAUCAGGCUGAUAGUGUAUCCAGUUUCCGGAAAAAUGACCUAGGAAGGCGAUAUGCUCGGAUGUGCAUCAGUGGAUUUGAUGGACCUGUCCCAGACCUGCACACCCUCAAGUGGCUGUGCUUCCAGAGUGGCCACAGGCUCCCCACACCUGGCCUAAGAGUUCAUAUUCACAGCUUUUAG